AUGGAAAAGAAAAUGAAACAACUCGAUAUCAUCAUCGCAGGCCGUUUCAAACUCGUCAAUUACAUCUCUUCGGGCACCUAUGGCGAAAUCUAUGAAGCAACCGACCUCAAUACCAAAUCCAGAGAGCGCGUUGCGCUCAAAAUGGAACGCACAAAGUUAUCUGAUUCACUCACCAGGGAGUCAUUUUUCUACGAGAAGCUCCAAAAGGGCAAAUCCACCGGCAUGCUUAAACUCCACUUCCCUACCGACGUCUGUGAUGAGUACCGCGUCAUGGGUAUGGAACUUCUAGGCCCCAGUCUCUGGGACCUCAGAUACUUCUGCGGGGGGGAAUUAAGCCUCAAGACAGUUCUUUUGAUAGCCGACCAAGCGAUUUGUCGAUUAAAGUCUUUACAUGACCAGGGUAUUAUCCAUCGGGAUUUGAAGCCGGAUAAUUUCCUCAUGGGGAGAGGCCGUGAGGGAAAUAAGAUUUAUCUUGUGGAUAUGGGCCUUGCGCAUGAGAAGGUGAUGGCACCUGGCAAUCCGAUGAAUUAUAACGGAGAUCAGGCAGGUUCGUUCCUGGGUACGAACGACUAUGCACCUAGGGCUGCGCAUCAGUUACAUUGUCAGACGUAUCGGGACGAUAUGGAGAGCUUUGGCUACGUGCUCAUUGACCUUCUCAAAGAUAAAUUACCCUGGAGUGGUAUGACAACUACUGUUGGGGGCCAAAGUCCCGAACAGCAGAUGGGCAACAAGAAAGGACGAAUCACUCUGGAUGAUUUGUGCGAAGAUCUUCCAGAAGUGUUCAAACAAUACUUUGAACACGUGAGAUCACUGCGCUAUAACCAGCGGCCGAACUACUCUAAGCUCCGGCAGAGAUUCGCAGCCGAAUUCAAGCGGCAGGGAUUCAGCCAUGACUAUGUCUUUGACUGGACAGAAAAGCGCUUUAAGGAGGCAGUUGCAGAACCAGCUGAAGAUCCGUAUGUAUCAUUUUCGUCAAGUAGCAACCCUAGUUAA